AUGACCGACACACAGGAUAAGGGAACUGGCCCAACAGCUGUUGACCAACAACAGCAACAGAAUAAUCAACCACCCAUGUACGCGCUUCAACAGCCGAGCCAAUAUACGGUUGGGUACCCUCCAUUGUAUCCGUAUCCUCCCCCUCCACAAGACGCCAACGGCCAUCCUACCGACCCAAACGCUGCCCCUGGUGCCUAUAUGAUGGCGUUUCCUCCUCCACCCCCAGGGAUGAUAUACGCAUACCCAACGCCGCAAGGCUAUGCAGGUAUGCCAUUUGCGCCAGGCAUGCCGCUCCCAGCCGCCCUCGUCCGGCCUAAGCGAAAGCAGGUCAAAAUGGCUUGUACAAAUUGUGCAGCUGCGUGCAAGCGAUGUGAUGCGGGCAGGCCCUGUGAACGGUGCUGCAAGUACGGUAUUUCUGACUCUUGCAUCGAUGGACAGCGAAAGGAACGCAAAAAAGGUAUCAAGCGCGGCCCAUACAAACGCAAGGGCAAGGUCGCCGCUGACACCGGCUAUGAGGGAUUUACACCCGAACAGACUUCUGCAGAAGGAUUCUAUCAGCCUUAUUUCUACCCUCCACCUGGGUUUGUUGCUGUCGGACCAGAUGGACAGCCAGUGCAGGGAGACCCGUCUGGCGCUCAGCAAGGCAUGCAACCGCAAUACUAUUCCUUGCAGCCAUAUCCGCCGUUUGCCUUUCCACACGGUGCUGCCGGAGGCUACCCGGUAAUGCCAGGACAUAUGAUGCCACCACCAGGCUCCUCCGGAACAGAAACGGAUGGUGAGAGUGCCCCUGCUGGCCCUCCACCUCCGACAACAGCGGCCACAAGCGAGGGCGAUGGAGGCAAUUCGAUAAAUGACACACAGACUGACGAUCGCGGAAAGAAGCGUAAGUCAGGCACUACCUCUGCGGCUAAUGGCAAAGACGACCAUGGAUCAGCCAAGCGAACUGGAAAACGAGUAGCUGCAAACGUGGUGGAGAACGCCGCCGCUGGAAGCAGUCUGGCGGGAGUAACUGGCGUCUAA